AUGGCUUCCCAUCCACCCACGCCCGGCAUGGGAGCGUCACCACCUCAGAGCGUGGAAAAGAUCACACGGAUUGCGCAAGACUACGAGUAUAACCCCCUUAUACCACUACGGAACUGGCUGAGGACCGCAUCCACACUCCUCAGAGAGGCUCGAAUAUACGAACGGGAAGGCCAUGACGAGCAAACAUACCUACUGUUAUUUCGACACGCACAACUAGUACUCGUAAACCUAGCAAAUCACCCCGAUGCUAAAGAUGAAAAGUACAGAAAGGCUCUCAUGGAGGCCGAGAAGGAGGUCCGGAUUAAUCUCGGGAAAUUAGAGGCGCUGAAACCCCGGAUCAACAAACGAUAUGAGCGUUACGCCCAGUUGAUGCGCGAACGUCAAGUUCGGACUUCGCAUCAGGAAACAACCUCGUCGAACCAGGCGCAACCAUACGACCCCGCGUUGGCGGGAGUAGUCGAACCUUUGGAGGCAGGGAAGAACAGAGAUUUGGCAGUGCAGCUUGCACGAACGGAGAUUAGCCGGAGGGCGACCGUCAGGAAAGCCUUGCGCCAGGCUGGUGUAUCACUAGAAGAGGAGCAAAGUCGGCGCACGGCGGGUGUCUGGAACAAUUGGGAAGAUGCUGUGGAUAAAAAUGGACGCGGGAUGGAUAAUGACCUGAGCCGCCGGAUUCAAGAUGUGAGACUCAACAUCGACCAGCAAACUCACACGAACGCUCGUCCGCAGCAGCAAAGGAAACCUGCACAGCCGUCCACUAGCACGUACAAGUAUCCCUCCGUCCCUCGAACAAAACCGCUGGAGCCUUUGCCAUCUGCGUCGACAAACGUGUCCCGAGAUGGACACAGCUUGCGCUUGGAAGCUCCAUUGCCACCGCCAAAGGAGCGAUUCGAAUCAAGCCAUCCGACAUUUACUGACGGAGCGUCCCCACCAUCACUGCCCGACAAGGUCUCGUCGACUCCAGCUCCGGCUGUUCCAGAGAAAGGACAGCCUUUGGCAGAUGGCGGAAACUCACUUCCAGACCUGAACCCCUCCAGCUUCACAUUCAAGCCGUCGGCAUAUCUAGAAAACGGGACACCGUUGCGCACCAUGUGGUUACCUCCCGAUCUACGGACACAUUUCCUGGCCAUAGCGGCUCCCAACACGCGUCGCAACCUAGAGACGUGCGGCAUCCUUUGCGGAACUUUGAUUUCGAACGCACUGUUUGUCUCCAGGCUGCUUAUUCCAGAACAAACGGCCACGUCAGACACAUGUGAAACCGUAAACGAGUCGGCAAUCUUCGACUACUGCGAUUCCGAGGAUCUGAUGGUGCUAGGCUGGAUCCAUACGCACCCCACACAGACUUGUUUUAUGAGUUCCAGAGACCUCCACACGCAUUGUGGAUACCAAGUGAUGCUGCCGGAGAGCAUUGCGAUCGUUUGCGCGCCGAGCAAAUCCCCCAGUUGGGGUGUGUUCCGACUCACUGAUCCCCCGGGGCUUAAGACGGUCCUGAACUGUACGCAGAGUGGGUUAUUCCACCCCCAUGCGGAGGCUAAUAUUUACACCGAUGCGCUGCGACCCGGUCACGUCUUUGAAGCCAAAGGGUUGGAAUUCGAGACUGUGGAUCUUCGCCCAAAGGAAUCCCUGGUUUGA